CGAGUUUUACGAGUGUGUUACCGCAGAGAGUUUUCAGAACGCAAUUGCUAUCGGACUUUGAAACACGUACCCGCGCGGCCAGAUACCCGGACGUACUUUUAAGUCCCGAGCGGCACGGAAUUCAUCAGUUGGUCGUGAACAGUGCCGACAGUCUCAACGUUUCCUCAUCUCUUUUCGGGUACAUAUAUUCGUAUCCUGACGGGCAGAUCGAGGACAUCAUGGAUAAUCCCGCUUAUGUGAUAGACUGUGAGCGCGAGUUCGCCAUUGCUGGAGGCCGCGAGGAGAGUCUUCCGGAAAAGCCCCGACCACAUAGCUUUGAGGAGGCCAUCACGCUGACGGGAGUGGGCCGCUUCCACUACCAGCUGCUGCUCAUCUGCGGACUCUGCUUUAUGGCCGUAAUGGUGGAGAUCAUGGGCGUGAGUCUGAUUAUGAACCAGAUGAAGUGCGACCUCCAGCCGACGCUGGAUCAGCAGGGCAUCCUGGCGUCGGCCGGAUUCCUGGGCGUGGUCCUGAGCUCCCAUGCCAUGGGCUUUCUGGCGGACACGUGGGGUCGGGCCACCACCUUGAAAUAUGCCCUGCUCCUCAGCUCCGUGUGCUCGAUCGUGUCCGGCUUCUCGGUGAACAUCUGGAUGCUGAUCGUGUUCCGCUUCCUGACAGGCUUCUUCAUUUCCGGCGGACAGGCGUGCGUCUUCAGCUUGUGCGGCGAGUUCCAUGGCAGUACUUCGCGGGUCAGGCAUGUGACCCUGCUCUCCGGAUUCCUCUGCAUGGCCAUGAUAUUUGCUCCAGCGAUGGCAAUUGGAAUUUUACCUCUGCGCAUCGAGACCAUUGUUUUUGGCAUGCGCUUCUCGUCUUGGCGUGUCCUGCUCCUGGCCAACGUCUCUGUUUCCCUGCUAGCUCUCGUGGGGAUCAGCACUCUGCCCGAGACGCCCAAAUAUCUGCUGGUUCAGGGACGUGGUGAUGAGUCGCUGAAAAUUCUGCGCGCCAUUUUUGUCAAGAAUUCUGGCAGGGAUCCCUCUGAAUAUCCGGUUAAGGAGGUGGCUCUGGAAAGCGGUGGCGCCAGUUUGUCUGAUGUCCAUGGUUUCCUGGACGCAGUGCGUCUUGUGUGGCACCAGACUGUGCCACUCUUCCACCGUUCCCGGCUGUGGCACACCCUGAAUAUCUGCACCAUCCAGUUCCUCAUCUACUUUAUGGCCCAGGGCAUCUUCAUGUGGUUCCCCACCAUCCUGGACGAGCUGGGCACACGUAAUGGCGACGAUGUGCUGCUCUGCCAAGUCCUGCAGAAUUUCACUGUGGAUUCGGGGUCGGGGGAGGAGGCAGCGAGCUGCUCCGUGGAUGUGGACACCUCCACGUACCAGGUGAUGAUCAUCAUCGGGGCCUGCUUUGUGAUGAUCUAUUUGAUAUUUGCCUACAUCAUCGACUAUAUUGGAAAGAAGAAUCUAUUGAUGGCCUGGAUGUUGCUGACCAUGAUUUGCUUGGUGGCCCUGCACUACGUGGAGCAGUUCGCGCUGGUCGUCAUCUCUCUCACCGUGGUGAUGGCCAUUGGCAAUUGCGGCGGCCUGGUUAGCACCAUCGCCAUGGAGUUCUACCCGACGCACAUUAAUGCCAUGGGCAUGUGCUUCAUCAUGAUGGUGGGUCGAUUGGGUGCGGUGGUGGGCAGCAAUCUCCUCGGCCGCCUGCUCUUCGCCAGCUGCGAUCCCAUCUUCUGGACCCUGCUGGCGCUGGUGGUGCUCCUCUGCUCCCUGGGCUACUUCCUGCCUGAGAAAUCAGCCGCGAAACAGACAAAGCCCUCGGCGACGGCAAAGGCAAUCGUGGUUGCCACCACUAGUCCCAUACUCACUAUAAAUUCAAAGUAGGACUAGGCUAGAGGCUAAGAUAAACGAAGAGGCUUCUUCAAGUAGUAGUAUGUAAAGAAAAUCCACUUAAAUAUUUAAUUCCGACAUUAGAACUUCAUUCCGAGUUAUCGCUUUAGCAAUUGAUGCCUUUAGAUAUUAAAAAGCACUUGUUAAAUUUAUUAUUUUUUAAUAUAGCCAUUUAUUUAUUUUAGAAAGUUAAUCCAUUAUGUUUGUAUUUUUUUUUUGGCUUGUCAGGGUUUUUUAAGUAAAAUGUUAACAAAAUAUUUAGUGAAAUAGUCUAUAGUAAAUAUAUUUUUUGUAAUAUUAUUUGUAUGCGUACAUAAACAGCAAUGAACCUCGUUUAAAUUAUGCUAUGUAAAAAUGUGUAGCAACUUUAGUUUGAAGAUUUGCUAAAAAUAAAUCUCUUCAUUCUUUGAAUUUGUCUAAUUUUUGUAAUAUUCGACAGUGAAACGUAAACGUGUACAGUUUAAGCAAAAAAUAAAUAGAAAAUAUAUUUAGUGAAGAAGAUUUUCAAAACAAAA